AGCAAACGUUGUGCGCAUAACAUGUUUUGAGGAGGCGUUCUUUGUGCCAUUGUUCAAUCAAGUAAAAACGAGAAAACGGAUAAAUGGACCGUGGGUCAAAGCGCAGGCAGGUGAAGCCUCUGGCUGCCUCUCUGCUGGACGCUUUAGAUUAUGACAGCUCAGAUGACAGCGAUUUCAAAGUGGGAGACGCAGAUGCCUCAGGGUCAGAGGGUAGUGCCAUUGGGAGUGAUGAGGAGGAGGAGGGGUCCAAGGAGGAGAGCGCUGCUGAGGACUCUGACAGCGGCUCGGACAACAUCGGCUCUGCAACGGACGGCAUCGAUGAAGAACAGACCAAGGAGCUGACAGGUGACGACACCCCCACUGAGGAAGAGGAGAAGACCAAGGAACAGCAGCUGUCCUAUGACAUUAGCACCACCACCACUAAAGACCCUGCUCCAUCAGGGGUGCCCAGGAGCCGACGGAGGAGAGAGGAGAAGGCCUCGGACACAGAGGCUGGGAGCGGAGGAAGCGGGAGUGGCACAGGUAAUGGUAAUGCGCAGGACGGAGGCUCAACAACGGCCGCCACACAGGAGCCCAAGAAGUGGAACCUGCGUCGGAACCGACCCAUGCUGGACUUCACCACCAUGGACGAGCUCAACGAGAUGGACGACUACGACAGCGAAGACGACAAUGACUGGAGGCCCGCCUCAGGCAAGAAGAAGGGCAAGACGGCGGCUGCCCAGAAAGGAGGGAGCGAGGGAGAGGAGGACGAGGAGGAUCACGACGGAGGGAGUGGUAGUGAUGAUGACGACGACAACGAGGAUGACGAUGGUGGUGAUGAAGAUGAGAAUGAAGAAGGGAGCAGUAGCGACAGUGAUAAAGAGGUGAAGAAACCCAAUAGGAAAGUGAAGAGCAGCAGUGUGUUUGACGAGGAGCUGACCAACGACAGCAUGUCACAGGGAAAGAGCAAUGAGGAUGCCUUGCUGGAGCGUGCCCAGACGUGGAGGGCGGCGGCCCAGAGGAUGGAACACAUCCUGAUCUGCUGUGUGUGUCUGGGAGACAACAGCGAGGACGCUGACGAGAUCAUCCAGUGUGAUAACUGUGGUGUGACCGUACAUGAAGGUUGCUAUGGAGUGGACGGGGAGAGUGACUCCAUCAUGAGUUCUGCCUCGGAGAACUCCACGGAACCGUGGUUCUGCGAUGCUUGCAAGAACGGAGUCACACCCAGCUGUGAGCUCUGCCCCAAUCAGGACGGGAUCUUCAAAGAGACUGACGCUGGGAGAUGGGUCCAUGUGGUUUGUGCGCUCUACGUCCCUGGAGUAGCGUUUGGGGACAUUGAUAAACUACGACCAGUGACCCUCACAGAGAUGAACUACUCCAAGUAUGGGGCCAAGGAGUGCAGUUUCUGCGAGGACGCCCGGUUCGCCCGGACAGGCGUGUGUAUCAGCUGUGAUGCUGGCAUGUGCCGAUCCUACUUCCAUGUGACCUGUGCUCAGAGGGAGGGGCUUCUCUCAGAGGCCGCUGCGGAGGAGGACAUAGCCGAUCCCUUCUUUGCGUAUUGUAAGCAGCAUGCGGACCGCUAUGACAGGAAAUGGAAGAGGAAGAACUACCUGGCGCUCCAGUCCUACUGCAAGGCAUCUCUACAGGACAAAGAGAAGCAGCUGGCCCCUGAGGCACAGGCCCGUAUCACCACCCGGCUGCAGCAGUACCGGGCCAGGGCAGAGCUGUCCCGUAACACUCGGCCCCAGGCCUGGGUCCCCCGGGAGAAGCUUCCACGACCCCUGACCUCCAGCGCCUCCGCCAUCAGGAAACUCAUGAGGAAGGCCGAGCUCAUGGGCAUCAGCACGGACAUCUUCCCUGUAGACACAUCAGACAUCAGCGCAAGUGUGGACGGGCGCAGGAAACACAAGCAGCCUGCCCUCACUGCAGACUUCGUCAACUAUUACCUGGAGAGGAACAUGAGGAUGAUUCAGAUCCAGGAUAAUAUCUCUGAACAGAAGAACCUGAAAGACAAGCUGGAGAGUGAGCAGGAGAAACUGCACGUCGACUACAACAAGCUGUGUGAGUCUCUGGAGGAUCUGCAGAAUGUCAACGGUGUUCUGAGGAGUGAGGGCCAUGCCAUAUGGACCAUGUUGGGAGGAAUCCUAGGACAGAAACUGAACUCCCCGCCGGUCCUGAAAGCCCCCAAAGAGAGGAAGCCCAGCAAGAAGGAGGGAGGAGUUCCUGGGAAGUCCUCCAACCUACCAGCUGUCCUCUACAGCUGUGGGAUCUGUAAGAAGAACCAAGACCAGCAUCUCCUGCUGAUGUGUGACACUUGCAAGCUCUACUACCACCUGGGCUGUCUGGAGCCUCCGCUGACACGCAUGCCCAAGAAGACCAAGAACAGCUACUGGCAAUGUUCAGAGUGUGACCAGGCCAGUAGCGAUGAUGCUGACAUCGCCAUGGAGACGCUGCCCGACGGUACCAAGAGGUCUCGGAGACAGAUUAAAGGACCAAUCAAAUUCAUCCCUCAGGAGAUGUCCCCGGAGCCCAAGAAACGAGAUGUGAGGGGCACGAGAACCAGAGGGCAGAAGAGGAAGAGGGUGUCCAUCUGUGAAGAAGAACAGUUUGAAGUGCAGGAACCUGCACUACGUGAACGGCGUCAGCGUCAGUCUGUAAUGCAGAAGAAGACCCCUAAAGCCGACGACACCAGGACUGACUGUACCUCCUGCAAAGGUCCCGGGGACAACGAGAACCUUGUCAGGUUGUGAGAGCCGGGGCAGACACCUCUCCUCACCUCCCCACACCUAGACACUGCUGGACAGAUGAGAGAGAGAAGCAGACCUUUGCCUUAGAGACAGAGAGGGACUUAAUUACGUGGAAGAAUCACGGCGGCGGGUGUGGGAUCAGAUGGCCAUCUUUGAUGUUCACAACCAUGGUCGUCUUCAUGACCCAAAUUGGACCACCUACUGGCCGUCCAAUUAAAAUUGAGGGAGAGAGGCAGAAAUUGAAAUUAACUUUGAGGAAUUCUAAAAUACUUGCACAAAUAAAAUGUUGGGAGGUUCAGUAUUACUGAACUGGUCAUUCUUGUAAGAAAGGACAUGUUGGUCUUACUGGACAGGCCCUUUGUGAUCGUCAUUGUCAUCUCUAAGGGCCCUUCUAUAAGGACUAUGGCCUAACAGUACUAAGGAGUGAUUCCCCCUCUCUCUCUCGCUCUCUCAUCCAUUCUAUGAUGGCACUUCACUCGUUUGACCUCCCUGAGCAUCUUAUCACCACAUCCAAUCAGUUGUAUUGACUCCAGUCAUUUGUGGUCCAAUCACAUGGUGUUUUCCUCAGUAAAGGCCUUUAAUUGGAGAUGCACUUGAACUUAGGCUUUCAUAAUCUUCUUCUAGUAGUAUCAUCGGGUAGAACUUUCUAGAGUAGAGGACUAGUAGACCUUGAAAAAGUAGUGGUUUUUAGUAGAAUGAUUGCCCUUUCUGGCUUUUGAGAAGUAAGUUGCCGCUUAGGCUCUACAGCAGCCUAAGGUUUAACAUAAUAAUUAUAGCAACAUUUGUAUGAAUGGUUAUUGUAACUUCUAAUGUCAGUGUGUGAGUGUACAGUAGAUGUCUAGGCAUCUUAGUCUCCCUUCCUCUCAUUAGUAUUUUAAAGUGACAGUUUAACUGACACUUCUUUAAAAGCCGCCCAGCUUUGUGUAUGUGUGUGCGCAUCUCCUCAGUGCCCCAUAGUGAGUGCUGAAAACUGAGCAGCUGCCAUGUGGUCUGUCUGUCUGUCAGGGUCCUUGACAGAAGUGUCACAGUUUGCCCUCACAUGUCACUCCUCCACUCACCCCCAUCCCAGGACCCUCUAUGUCACUCCUUUUCUCUUCCCCUCAUCUGUCUGGGGACCCUAUAUGCAUGCCACUGGGAGCUGCCAAACCUCACAUAAUGCUUAGGUCCACUGGAAAAACUGCUGAGGAAAUACAUUUGGUGGUUUUCCUAUGGAGAUUAGAAAGUCCUCCUCAUCUUCGUUCUCCCUCUACCUCCUCAUCCUCUUCUGCCUCCUCCACAACAAAUUUAGAGGACUGUCUAUGAGAUCCAGCUAACCUUACUCAAGCUAAUCCUUCUCAAGCUAACUUUACUACAGCUAACCAGCUAACCCUACCACAGCUAACCAGCUAACCUUACUACAGCUAAACAGCUAAACUUACUACAUCUGACCCUACUCCAGCUAACCCUACUUCAGCUAAACAGCGGACCCUAAUCCAGCUAACUCUAGUCCAGCUAACCCUAGUCCAGCUAACCCUGCUACAGCUAACCCUGCUACAGCUAACCCUGCUACAACUAACCAGCCAACCUUACUACAGCUAACCCUACGACAGCUAACCCACUACAGCUAACCAGCUAACCCACUACAGAUAACCAGCUAACCCUACUCCAGCUAACCAGCUAGCCAGUUAACCCUACUACAGCUAAACAUACAACAGCUAAUCAACUAACCCUACUACCACUAACCCUAUUCCAGCUAGUACUACUACAGCCAACCCUACUCCAACUAACCAGCUAGCCAGUUAACUCUACAACAGCUAAACCUACUGCAGAUAAUCAGCUAAGCCUACUCCAGCUAACCAGCUAUCCAGUUAACCCCACUACAGAUAAACAUACAGCAGCUAAUCAACUAACCCUAGUACCACUAACCCUAUUCCAGCUAGUACUACUACAGCUAACUCUACUCCAACUAACCAGCUAGACAGUUAACCCUACUCCAGCUAACCAGUUAACCCUACUACAGCUAAUCAGCUAACCCUACUCCAGUUAAACCUACUACAACUAACCAGUUAACCCUACUACAGCUAAACUUACUCCAGCUAACCUGUUAACCCCACUACAGCUAAACAUACAGCAGCUAAUCAACUAACCCUAGUACCACUAACCCUAUUCCAGCUAGUACUACUACAGCUAACCCUACUCCAACUAACCAGCUAGACAGCUACCCCUACUACAGCUAACCCUACUACAGCUAACCAGUUAACCCUACUACAGCUAAACUUACUCCAGCUAACCUGUUAACCCUACUUACGCUAACCCUACUGCAGCUAAUCAGCUAACCCUACUGCAGCUAACCCUACUGCAGCUAAUCCGCUAACCCUACUGCAGCUAAUCCGCUAACCCUACAACAGCUAAACUUACUCCAGCUAACCAGUUAACCCUACUACAGCUAACCCUACUGCAGCUAACCCUACUACUAAUCCUACUCCAGCCCUACCAUGCAUGGGCUAGGCUAUGGCCAACUCUGUAUCUAACCAUUAGGCUUAGGGCUAGACUAUGGCCAACUCUGUAUCUAACCAUUAGGCCUAGGGCUAGGCUAUGGUCAACUCUGUAUCUAACCCAUUAGGCCUAGGGCUAGACUAUGGCCAACUCUGUAUCUAACCAUUAGGCCUAGGGCUAGACUAUGGCCAACUCUGUAUCUAACCAUUAGGGUUAGGCUAUGGUCAACUCUGUAUCUAACCAUUAGGGUUAGGCUAUGGUCAACUCUGUAUCUAACCAUUAGGGUUAGGCUAUGGUCAACUCUGUAUCUAACCAUUAGGGCUAGGCUAUGGUCAACUCUGUAUCUAACCAUUAGGCCUAGGGCUAGGCUAUGGCCAACUCUGUAUUUAACCAUUAUGCCUAGGCUAUGGUCAACUCUGUAUCUAACCAUUAGGCCUAGGGCUAGACUAUGGCCAACUCUGUAUUUAACCAUUAGGCCUAGACUAUGGUCAACUCAGUAUCUAACCAUUAGGCCUAGGGUUAGGCUAUGGUCAACUCUGUAUCUAACCAUUAGGCCUAGGGCUAGACUAUGGCCAACUCUGUAUCUAACCAUUAGGGUUAGGCUAUGGUCAACUCUGUAUCUAACCAUUAGGGCUAGGCUAUGGUCAACUCUGUAUCUAACCAUUAGGCCUAGGGCUAGGCUAUGGCCAACUCUGUAUUUAACCAUUAGGCCUAGACUAUGGUCAACUCUGUAUCUAACCAUUAGGCCUAGGGCUAGACUAUGGUCAACUCAGUAUCUAACCAUUAGGCCUAGGGUUAGGCUAUGGUCAACUCUGUAUCUAACCGUUAGGCUAUGGGCAACUCUGUAUCUAACCAUUAGGCCUAGGGCUAGACUAUGGUCAACUCUGUAUCUAACCAUUAGGCCUAGGCUAUGGCCAACUCUGUAUCUAACCAUUAGGCCUAGGGCUAGACUAUGGUCAACUCUUUAUCUAACCAUUAGGCCUCGGGCUAGACUAUGGUCAACUCUAUAUUUAACCAUUAGGCCUAGGGCUAGACUAUGGUCAACUCUGCAUCUAACCAUUAGGCCUAGGGCUAGGCUAUGGCCAACUCUGUAUCUAACCAUUAGGCCUAGGCUAUGGCCAACUCUGUAUCUAACCAUUAGGCCUAGGCUAUGGCCAACUCUGUAUCUAACCAUUAGGCCUAGGCUAUAGCCAACUCUGUAUCUAACCAUUAGGCCUAGGCUAUAGCCAACUCUGUAUCUAACCAUUAGGCCUAGGCUAUAGCCAACUCUGCAUCUAACCAUUAGGCCUAGGGCUAGGCUAUGGCCAACUCUGUAUCUAACCAUUAGGCCUAGGCUAUGGCCAACUCUGUAUCUAACCAUUAGGCCUAGACUAUGGUCAACUCUGUAUCUAACCAUUAGACCUAGGGCUAGACUAUGGUCAACUCUGUAUCUAACCAUUAGGCCUAGGGUUAGGCUAUGGCCAACUCUGUAUCUAACCAUUAGGGCGAUAGUAGCCUACAGUAAAUGUACUUUUAACCUGAGAAUAUGUUAUGUGUUCCAACAGUUUAGAAUGUGUGAACAAACACCUCAUUAGCUGUGUUGUGUGAUCGGUGUGUGUACAGUAUUUAUUGACAAGCCAAGCUUUUUUGUGUAUUUUAUUUGUGCCUUCACACUUGAUUUUAUAUCAUAAUAUGCCUUUUGUUAUUACUGUGUUAUGAAGAAAAUGAGUUAAGCUCACUAUUGAGUAAGAACCUUAAAGGACUCCUUGCUAAACAUAUUCAUUGUUAAUAUAUUUGUUUACACACAUGCUUAUAUGUGAUUAGUAUUCGUUUACAUACAUUUCUAUAUGUGAUUAUUUAUAACAUGUUGUGGUAUUACCACAUUGGGUAAAAGUAACUGUGAUUUAUAGAGUACGAAUAUUGCUACUCAUAUGUGUGUAUGUGAAGUUUCCUGGCCUCCCGGCCCCUAUAGCUCUCAGCAUUAAAGCUUGAAUAAACUCUUGACUUUUUCACCUUA